AUGGGGAUAUGUACAUCAAAAAAAAAAGUGGAUGAGAACAUUUAAAUAGUACCCUACAAGGUUUGCAUAACUGCAUUCAUUUGGAAUAAAGAAAGUCAUAAUUUAUUCGAUUUUGAGAGCAAUUUGGCUGCUAAAAAGGAAAUAGAAUUAGAUUUUUCAGGUAAGUGUUAUUCAAAAUAAUUAGCAACUCUUUCAAUGGUGGACAACUAAAUUAUCGCAUUGACAGAUAAUGAAUAUGUAAAUAAAUAAAUUCAAUUGCUCAGAGUUGAUUGCGAAUAAAAUUAUAUGAUGUUGUCUGGGAUGAGUCAAAAAUCAGAUCAAAGAGUAUGGGCUAUAUUAUGCAAUAGACCUGAUUUUGAAUCAUUGAAUGAAUGGGAACUCCAAAAGGGAGAUAUGAUCAAAUUAGGAAGAAUGAAAUUGCAGCUGCUGGAAAUCAAUUAUGAUAUUGAUGCUCUACAACAAUCAAAAGAAUAAGCAGAAGAGGAUGAUGAAUAAUAAUCCAAAGAUUUAGAACUUGAAGCAAGCCAAUGCAGAAUAUGUUUCAGUAAGAGUGGUUCCUUCUCUAAUCCUCUCUUUAGUCCUUGCAAAUGUACCGGCUCAAUGAAAUAUGUCCAUCUUAAUUGUCUAUAAAUUUGGAUUCAGUAAUCAAUUAAAAUUAAAAAUCAGCAUUCGUCAAUACAAUACAUUUGGAAGAAAAUGGAAUGCGAAAUUUGUAAGAUGCAGCUUUAAAGCACUUACACAUACUAGGGUCAAAUAUUUUGCAUUAUGUAAAUACAAAAACCCGUUGUUCCAUAUAUUGUCUGGAAAAUAACAUCAGAUGGUAGAUCUAAAGAAGGCACUAUUCAAGUCAUGGAAUUGCUUGAUAAAUAAGAAAUAAAAAUUGGUAGAGUACCUGAUUGUGAUAUCAAAUUGAAAGAUAUUUCUGUUUCGAGAAGUCACGCUAUCAUUAAAGUUAUUAAGUCAGAGGAUAAUAGAUAUAAAUUACUUGUGUAGGAUAAUAAUUCCAAAUUUGGAACUUUAUUACAUGCAUAAUCAGAGAGAUUACUUAGAUAUGAAUUAUAAUACCCAUAAAAAGUUCUCUAUCAAAUUGGCAGAGUUCUUCUUUAUGUUUAAUUAAAAGAAAAAGGCAAAUCUUAUAAUAAAUAGUACUCCUCAUCUAUAUCUUAGAUUUACUUGUUAUAGGCAUCCCAACUAAAUUCUAGUUUUACCCAAAAAAAACAUUAAUGA